AUGCGAUGGAGACGCGAACACAACACAAGAUACACCAUGAAGUUCAAUGGCACGUUAAGGGACCAGAUGGUCCUGAAGCAGACCACGAAUUUGCGACGAAACGCGCUCAACAAGUGUUCUCACAACACGCUGUACAACCUGACUCAGCUGUGGCUGGGGUCUAAAGACUGUCUGCCGCUGGUGGCCAUCAACUCUCAGGACGACUAUUUAUUCGACUUGGACGCGCUCUCAGACGACGAGGACGACGCUGAGGCCGAUGAGGGGAUUGAUGAAGUGGAGGAAGGCGUUAUUGUGGCUCGAGGUGGUCCCAAGUACGAAAAGAUCAUGGACGAUGCUCGUAAAGAACUGACUGAAGGAGUGCAGUCUCGAAAGGCAUACAUGCAGCUCGUGGGACAAAAGUACUGGAAUGCCGGUCUCAAUCUACUGCAACUGGCCCAACUGGACAUUUGGGGAGACGUUUUUGAACGUCCAGAAAUGCUGGUUUGGAGCUACAGUACAGUGAAAGAUUCUGUCGGUAAAGAGAAGGUACCUGAUUUGAGCAUUGGCACCAUUGCCACGCGAAUGAGUGAGGCAAUCUAUCCUGCCUUUAGAUGCCACGUGCACGCCAUGCGUCAUCCUGAGCUGCCAGUCAUUGUGGUUCGUGUCAAACCAUAUGACGCUGCCAAUGACGAUGCUCGUUUGAAGCCCCUGUACCUGGUGUUUCCCUACCAUUCGCCUCACGUGAUUCAUCUGAGCAUGGAUCACGUCUACGCCCAAACAGUUUUGCAUGCUGUCACUCAGAGUGUCACUACUGUGGCUGACCCUAUCUCCUUGGUCCGUUCCAGCGCUCUCCCCACUCGUUCUUUCAAUACCCUGGUGACUACUCUUUCGGACAACCGAAAAGCCGCAUCCAUGGGCUCCUGGUCCGUCUUUGCUACCGGAGAAGUCGACCAGUCGCCUCUGGCCAUGGUAAAAAAGCCGCCUGCCAAAGUGGCCAACUCCAAGGCCAACAGAAUUGCGGCGAAAUUCACCUCAAAAAAGAUCACUGAGCCUCUGCAGUACAGAUCGGAGAAUCCUCAAAGCAUGGUGGAGUUUAGAAUUACCCGGAACUCGCGGAAAGUGACGCUACGGAUGGAGGGUACGGAUGUGUACGCUGGUGUGUACAGAAUGGCCAUGAGGGGGGACAUUAAUGAUAGAAAGAUGCCUGCUUGGAUGACUGGAGAGGAGAGCAGUACUAGUGGAGCGGUGAAUGAUGGGGCUUACAAGGCCGAUAAGUAG